CUCCCGCUCGGACCGCUGCCGCAGCUGCUAUGGUCUCCUUUGCAAAUCUCAUCCUCCGCAACUCCUCGCCGCAAGCCAGCUAUCAGAUCCAACGGCAGCAGAUCAGUUUCGAGUACUUGAACCCACUCGCUCGACAUCUAACUUCCCUUGCAAGAUGGUUCUUUCGAGGUUCCCUUUUAGCCAAUCCCCAUGAAGCGUGGCCCAGGGAGCACCUCUGUUCCAUCAUUUCCUUCUCUCUCUCAUUGUGGUUCCUAUUGACCCUCUUCCCUCUUCCCUCUUCUCUCUCUCAAACGCAUCGAAGAAGAAAAACCAAAUCGAAUAAGGAGUAGUAUUUGUGAGGAAAUAUUGGGCUUCUCCUUCUUCAAUCCACGAGGUACGAGAAUACCAUUUGUAAUGUUUACUUGCCAACUCCUGUUUCUGAUACGUAAAUUUGCAGGUAGAUUAGCCGGUUUAUGAGACCAAGAAAGACCUCUGUUCGAGUAAUCAUAGAAUUUCUAUUCAGAGAAUCAUAUAGUUGUCGAUCGUAUUUCACUAUCGUUGGAUUUUUCAGAUCCCUGAUCUCAUAGAGUUUUUUUCUGACACCAAUGCGAGGCAUCAACUUCUUUAAAUAAUCAUGAGAGAAUUGGAGUACAGUGCAACAAGAGGUCAGAGAGCUAAGCAAGACAUUUGAUGGACUGUGUGCAUGGGGAUGCAGAGAGUAAGCAUGAGCAUCUGAAAACACAUCCCGCGAAAGCUGUCGCUGAAGAUGGUGAUCCCCCUCCAGGAAACGAAAAUGAAGUUGAGAAGGAAACAACUUGCUCUUCCUCUGCUACUUCCGAUGACUCGUCCGAGGAUUUCUUCCAGUUUGAUCCAGCUGAACUCAGCAAGUCAGUCGUGGCGAACGAUCAAGAGAUGAGAAGCCACUGUGGUGCAGCUACAUCAAGCACGAACGGGUUCCUAAUCCUCAUCGAUGAUGACGAUGAGGAUAGCAUCCUUGCAGAGGCCCAGCCGGUGGGUGUAGCUGACACCGGUACCUCCUGCAUGGUGGCUUCGAGACAGUCACCUCCAGUUCAGGUGAUGGAGAGAUUGGACGUCCCCGACACGGGUCGGAUUCCCUCCUCCAUCUUCACAAGGGACAGGUCCACGAUGACGCCGAUGGAGUGGAGCGUGGCCUCCAACGAGUCUUUGUUCAGCAUCCAUGUAGGGACUUGCAGCUUUUCCAGGGACCAUCUCAUUCUGAUGGGCAGGUCAGGGGAGUUCACCCCCAUCGACUCCGGUAGCCCUGUGGAAUCCUGCCGACUGACGUCUGCCGUUCCAGGCUCAGAUCCUGUAGGAAACGAGGGCGCCGGCGCCAUGAAGGGUGCGGAUCAGGAAGAGCAGCUUUAUUCGACGAGUGAGGGUGCAAAACUGUCCACCAGACUAUCUCACCGAUCAGAUAUUGGCAGCGCAUCCAGCUUUCAGUCGUUUGCGUUUCCAGUAUUGACAGGUAAAGGAAGUAGUAGCUCAAUGAAGGUGGAACAUGGGCAUCCACUUCAGACUGAUACACCAAAGGAGGAAGAAGCUGCUGCUGCAGGAGAGAAUAAAUGGUGUCCAUGCUUUUCUUGUUGCUCAUCCUGCUGCUGAGAGGCUUUCGCAAAUGAAAUUUUGUUCAGACAGAGAGAAGCGCAUAUGUUCAUGGUCAUCAGUUCCUCGACGUCUGUGCCUCGGAAGGCUCGGCAUGAUGAAGGAGGCCGUCUUUUGCUCGCCUGAUGAUAACGUAUUAUGCCUUUUUUUUUUUUUUUUUUUUUUCUCUCUAUCAUAAUGCAGAUAUGCACUAAUUCUUUCAAAAUUUAGUUAUCUUCGAAUGCUAAUGCUGGAUUUAGAGAAAUCAUUACUCAAAAAACUGGGAGCAACCAACCCCACAGCGGAAUGCAGGACUUGCAACUGAAGUCGGUCGGUCUUUUACCUACAGCACAUACGAGCAGGCUCUCACAAUCUGGCUAGAAGCAACGGGAUUUGUGUUAAGUUUGUAGCGAGCGCUGGCUUAUUAAGUAACUUAAGCUCAUAAUGUGACAGGAUUAAU